AUGAAAAUCCCAGAUUCCUCAACCCAGAACCCUCAAUUAAUUUUCAAGAAGAGGCGUUCCAUUGAUUCCUUCCGCUCUGCCAACCAAAUCCCAAUUCACUCGACCAUCGACAUAUCCAAAUCAUAUCGACCCACUGCUACUUCUACUGUUGGUCACGAAUCCAAAUUCAAAUCCAAUCGACCACCAAUGAAUCCAACUUCUUCCCAACUCUUGCUACUAGCCCAUCCUACAUCAUCCCUUCAAUUCUCAAGCCUCUCGGCCAAGAACCCAGCUUGCAAGAAGCCCGCUCGCUCCUUGCCUCCAUCAAUUGUGUUUCCCAUCACGGCAGAGGAAUCUCCCACUACAACAAAGUUUUCUCCCUCCGAUCGUAUCCUCGCCGCCGCCUCUUCAUUACAGAAGAAUACUUUCGUUCAGCGCCACCUCCUCAUCGCAACCUAG